CAGGUCACUAUUGUACAGGCAUGCUUUUUGCUUCACGAAGCUUCUGUUGCCUUGGUGUUAGACCAUCCCAACUAGGAACGGAUUUGCUUUCCAGAUCCAGAAAACUUUCGGCCUCUGCAACAAUGGCCUUCAGACACAAAAACACAAGACGAAUUGAAGGUCUUGAUAGCAAUAUUUGGGUUGAAUUUACAAAAGUGGCAGCAGAUCCCUCAAUUGUUAAUCUUGGUCAGGGCCUUCCUGACAUAUCCCCUCCCAGCUACGUUAAAGAAGAGCUUGCAAAGGCAGCAGCAGUUGACAGACUGAACCAGUACACAAGAGGCUUUGGACAUCCGUCACUGGUGAAAGCCUUGUCUCAAGUGUACGAGAGAGUUUGUGGAAGAAAGAUUGAUCCUCUCACAGAUAUCCUGGUGACCGUGGGAGCUUAUGGAUCUCUCUUUAGUACAAUACAGGCAUUAAUUGAAGAGGGAGAUGAAGUAAUAAUAAUAGAGCCAUUUUAUGACUGUUAUGAACCAAUGGUACGGAUGGCCGGUGCAAAGCCUGUUUUUAUCCCACUGAGAUAUAAAAAUGGUGGAAAAUCUGUAUCUAGUUCUGAUUGGGUCUUAGAUCCUGCUGAACUUGCAAAUAAAUUUAAUUCGAAAACAAAAGCAAUUAUUCUGAAUACCCCGCACAACCCUAUAGGCAAGGUGUUUACAAGAGGAGAGCUCCAGGUAAUAGCUGAUCUCUGUAUUAAGCAUGAUACCCUGUGCAUCAGUGAUGAGGUGUAUGAAUGGCUGGUCUACAAAGGACAUAAACACAUUAAAAUAGCUACGUUGCCAGGUAUGUGGGAAAGAACAAUAACGAUAGGAAGUGCUGGAAAAACAUAUAGUGUGACUGGUUGGAAGCUUGGUUGGUCUAUUGGCCCCCAGAACCUGAUUAAGCAUUUGCAAGUUGUUCACCAGAAUACACUGUAUGCUUGUCCAACUCCAUUACAGGAGGCAUUGGCACAAGCAUUUUGGAUAGACUAUAAACGCAUGGAUGACCCAGACUGCUAUUUUUACUCACUGUCUCGAGAGCUGGAGAGCAAGCGUGAUCGGAUGGCUCAGCUACUGCAGGGAGCUGGACUGCAGCCUGUCAUUCCAGAUGGAGGAUACUUCAUGAUUGUUGAUGUUUCUACAUUAAAUGUGGAUCUUUCUGAUGUAGAUGAGAAACAACCUUAUGAUUAUAAAUUUGUCAAAUGGAUGAUAACAUCUAAGAAGCUGUCAGCAAUUCCUCUUUCAGCAUUCUGUGGUCCUGAGACAAAAAGGCAGUUUGAAAAAUAUAUACGUUUCUGCUUCAUUAAGAAAGACAGCACACUAGAUGCAGCUGAAGUGAUCCUGAAGAACUGGAAUAAGCAGACUGCCUGAUUUUUCUCAUUAAUUCUUCCAUCCGGUAUAAUUAUCUAAUAGGUUUUUUUUUAAUUGCAAUUGUAAGAAUGAGUUACUUAAACAGUACCAAAUUAAUAUGGCAUUCUAAGUAACUUCAUGCUGCUGUUUCCUGAGUUAAAACAAUGAUUUACUGAAAUAUGUUUAUUGCAACUAAGAGGUUUUUUCAAAAUAACUUUUUUCAUUUUAAAAAAAGUUUUAAAGAUCAUGCUUCUCUCAGCUACAAAGCACAAUUCUCAAGUAUUUUUUAAAACCCAGUUUGUACACUCUAAGAUUUUCCUGAGAUAGCUGGGUUAUUAGCAUGUGAGCAUAUAUGAAAUUGGGUUAUGUGGCCUCAUGACAGUACAGGUAUUAAGAGUUCUUCCAUUCACCUCUCUUUACAAUAUUUUCAUUGCUCUGUUAAAAGAACAAAGCACCUCACUGCUUCCAAAAGAUUUUGAUGUAACACUCUUGUAUUACUCUCAUUGGCAAAGGAAAGAAAAAGCAUAUGCAAGGCUGAAGAGGGAAGUAAGAAAACUAUAGCAAAAGAAUUUUUCCAUUGUUAUGUUUGACUGUUUCAAAUAUCUCAUUAGUAUGGUAAUAACUCACCUGCUAAAGCACCAGCUUUGAGUUGAGACACACAGGUGGCUGAUGUUUAAAGAAAGCUCUGUGUUGUGUAUAGGUGUAGAGCCUUACUCAGGUGUGUUGGUUUUGGCUGGGAUGGAGUUCAUUUUCUUCACAGUAGCCAGCAUGGGGCUGUGGUUUGGAUUUGUGCUGGAAACAGUGAUGAUAACACAGGGAUGCCUUCGUUACUGCUGAGGGAGCCGUGCUUACACACAGUCAAGGCCUUUUCUGCCCUUCAGACUGUCCUGCCAGAGAGCAGGCUGGGGGUGUACACGCAGCUGGGACAGCCGACCCCAGUGAUAUUCCAUACCAUAUGAUGUCAUACUCAGCAAUAAAACACAUGAGGUUGAUGAGGAGGCAGCUGCUUGGGGACUGGCUGGGCAUUGGUUGAUUGGUGGUGAGCAAUUGUUUUCACUUGCAUCACUUGUCUGUCUUGGGUUUUGUUUUCCUCUUUUAUUUUUUUCCUCUUUCCGAUAUAAUUUUAUAAUGAUUUAUUUUUAAUUAUUAAAUUGUUUUGAUCUCA